AUGAAAUUUUUGUCUGCAAUGGCUAUACUUUGCACCGUUGUUCAGGCACAAACGCUGGACAAGCCAGCCCUAACACCCAAUCUAGACUACCUUUUGCAGGGAAAUACGGAUAAUCUUCAGCCAGCCGCAAGCCAUUACGGUAAAUGGGAGGAUGGUUGGAUUCCGGCCGACUGCAAAAGUAUUGCCGAGGACCAGCAGCUCAACCCCACUGAUUUUGAGGUGUAUGAUGUAUUCUAUGGCGAUUGUGGUGAUGCGUGGUCUUUUUGCCGCCACAAGAGCUCGUCGGAUAGCAUAGAUACCAUCAUUGAUACUUUUGGAAGGGUUCCCGUGAGGAUGCGCAGUUGGGUUCGACAUGUUCUGACUAUUCCUGGCGAUAAUUGGGCCUUCAACUCUAACGGAAACAUUGCCUUCUCUGGUACAACAAGUCAGAAUUUGGAUGUUGCACUUCAUGAAACGGGCCAUAGUCUCGAUCUACUGGGGGCGUAUGGUGAGACUCUAUCAUCCAGCCAAACCUGGUUAGAUAACUACAACCAGGAUCCAAAUGUGCCCGAUGAAUACGCGCGCUCAAACCAGGUUGAGAAUGUGGCUCAAAAUACCGUCGUCGGAAUCUAUGACAAAGUUGUUCCCGGCGGCUUCGGGUCAGUUCAGCCAAACUGGGGAAAUAUCUUCCAUCAGUAUUCGACCUUGCAGUCCAUGGCCAAAGACACUAUCAUCCCUGGUGGUACCUGUGAUCGUCAUCUGGCAAAUUCAGAGACUGUUUCUAUGGCAUCCACCCAAUCCAACGCCACUAGAAUGGCCAGAAUCAGGAGAGUCAAGCCCAGCCACUCCUUUAGACAAACCUAUAACAAUAUUGUGGAAGGUUUCACUCCAUUUAGUACGAAAGAUACUUGCCAUUUCUCUUGGGCCUAA